UGUUGGUAUAUCCUCUCUUAUUUUGAUAGCCUUGACUGGCCUGCAAGAUCCAUCAAUCUUUGCUUAUGGUUGAAUUCAUUUCCUCAUGCAAGGAAUUAAAUGUUUUGUCCUUUUCCAGCUGCCUCUUUCAAUCUCAGCUCAGUGCAUGCACCUAGGAGUCUGUCGCCUAUCCGGGACGUAGGUUCGGCUUUGAAUUCAUCUACCCCCUCACCCUUGAGCCCUUUAUCAUGGCGAGGGUGGAGAUUAGGCACCUCUGCCAGCCCUAUGUUCAUUGGUUGAAGUUGCCCAACAUUUUGAGAUCUUUGUCAAUGAAUCCAAGACUAUGGAGUCUCGACACCACCAUAUAGCAUAUAAAUCUUUGGAGUUACAUUACUACUCGGCCAGGCCCAAUUCGGUGAAAUCAGUUUAAUGACGAAAGGACAAGGAAAGAAAACAAAAAACCCUCCUUAGACCUCUAGGCUCUGUGCCUCUUCUCACCUGCCACUUCCUUUCUUCUGGCUUUCUAACCAAAGAGACAGUGACCCUCUAAAAACCCAUCAAAAUAUUCUUCCAAGAUAUUAACAGAAGAAAACAAGACUUGGAAAGAUGCAUUGACGGAAUUUUCUGUAGAGAAUAUGGAAUUUAUACAAUAACCUUUCUGUACAGAAAAUUCUAACAACGCAUCUUUGCGCACGCUUUGGGUGGUUAUAAUUGCGCGAGUAUCAGGUGUUACAAUUCUUGAAAGAAAGUAGAUUCACAUAAGAAAACAAGAUUUUGUUGCAUUGCAUAACAAACGCCAAAACAAAGUAUAUUCGAGGUUAACCUCUGCUCUCCAUAUUUUCCUGACAAUUUGGACCGAUUUCCCUUCUUUUACGUCCUUUUUUCUGCUUAGGCAUUUACAUUUUGGGGAUUUUCUUUGUUUCUUGAUUCCAAAACUCUGACUAGAUUGAUUGGGAUAUUGUGUUCAUUUUUUUUUUUAUAUAUUUUAGUUACUUCAGCGGAGCUUAGUAACUACAUUUCGGUCCCUGGAAGGUGGUGUGAAGAUCAAACCUAAUGGAAGGAUUUGGGGAUGAGAAUGCCUCAGUGGUGUCACCUGUUGCUCGAUGGGAACAUGAUGCAUGGAGGAUGUAUAGAUUUUAUCUGGAUAAGGCUACACCUCAUGCUGUCUAUAGGUGGAUUGGGACUCUUGUUAUAGUGGCUGUCUAUUGUUCACGACUUUAUUACGUUCGAGGGUUUUACAUCAUUGUUUAUGGGCUCGGGGUAUACAUAGUGAAUUUGCUAAGUGGGUUUUUGUCACUUCUGGUUGAUCCUGAACAUGAACAUGCAGAUGGUCCUUUGCUUCCGACAAGUUGUUCCGAUGAAUUCAAGCCACUCAUCCGCCGGCUUCCAGAGUUCAAAUUCUGGUACUCCUUCACAAGAGCAUUCAUCAUCGCUUUUGCGAUGACAUUCUUUCCAGUGUUUGAUGUUCCUGUCGUUUGGUCUGUAUUGCUCUGUUCCUGGACUCUUCUUUUUGUCGUUACAAUGGGGUGCGAAAUUAGAAACUUGAUCAGAUACAAGUGUAUCCUAUUCAACAUUGGAAAGCAGAGAUACAGUGGUAAGAAAUCACCUGCAAGUACCAAUGUUUCCUGCAUGGCCUGAAAGCUUGGUUGGUUCAUGGGGGCACUAAGACAAGGACG